AGUGUAAGCCAGUGAAACCGGAAAUGUCAACCGACUGACUGCGAAGCGAAUAAGACUGCAUUAUAUCUCCACUUUAUGCAUGACAUGAUGGAUUGUUAAUUUAAAGCAAGAACCCGUCAUAAUACAUCGUCAAAGAGCAAACUGCGAAUAUGACAAAUGUGUACUCUUUCGAUGGCAUCUUGGUGUUUGGGCUGCUGUUCAUCUGCACUUGUGCAUACCUCAAAAAGGUGCCGCGGCUCAACAGCUGGCUGCUGUCAGAGAAGAAAGGAGUGUGGGGCGUCUUCUACAAAGCUGCGGUAAUUGGGUCGCGGCUUCACAUUGCCGUGGCGGUUUCCUGUUUGGCCAUGGCUUUCUACAUUGUCUUCUUGAAAUGAUAGCGUCAGACUGGACUGGAAAGGACACUGGACGGGUGCAGACUGGGGAUGGACUCAUCUCUGUGGUCAUGUGCUAAUCCUUGUUGGGGUACACCUCCUGGAUUACCUGACCAAUGAAACCCCGUUUGCCCUGUGGACCCAUGUAAAAGACUAGCCAGUGCUGCCCCCUUCUGGUGACUGGGUACAUAACUCCUCCCUUGAUAAUGUGUGUGCACUACAAUCAUGAAGGGCAUCCGCAAUCUACUCUACAGUUAUUACAGAGGAGAGGAGUCACAUGGUAUCAUUCUGUUGUAGGGUAACACUGUUGGUUGUCUCCAUCUACACCCCAUAAAUAUUUAUAUCGAAGGAUGCAGAAGAUUGAAGGGCAGUGUGUGCAUUAUACCAUAUACCUGUAUACAACCCAAAACUAGCCUAGCUGUAUAUAUUUGGGAAAAGAUGUGACCAAUAGAGAUUUGCCAGAGGUUUUGUGUGAUAAAACUGAACAUGAUCAAUUCUGCUUGCUCCCAGCUAUGCUGUUUUUUCUGUAUCACCUCUUGUGUCAAGGGUGGAGGGGAAGAUAAACAAAGCUAAUAUAUAAAGAUGUUCUUGUGUACACUAUAUUUUACUUACUCGUAAUCUUCAGUGCUGUUGGGCUUCUCCUGAGCUUUGUUUUAGGUUUGAAAUACACAUUUUGCACAAGUGUAUGUUGUAUUUACUUUGACAUCUGAUACUGGAUAACCUGUUUUAACUGUCACAAAUUGUUACAAAUUGAACUGUAAGUCAUGUAGGAGUAUCACAGCACUAAUAACUUUUGAAAGAGGCAUAUCUCAACGUAUUGUUAAAAUUGGAUAGCUAUAUCAGACUUGCCUGAAGAUUUAAAUGCAAUGCCAAAUAAGGAUGGUGCUUCUCAUGCCAUCUUAAUGACAAACUGUUAUUCUGAGUUUAAUUCUGCCACCUUAUUUUAUAUUUUUCAAAGAAAAAAUAAUGUUUUUGGGAGGGGAUGCAAUGCAGUUUUGAGUAAAACAUUAAUCAGAAAA